AUGGGAGUUACAGGGCCAUCCCAAACUGGCAUACCUCUGUUUGCAAUAGUUGCCCAAGCCUGUUCACCCUCAGGAUGGAAUAUUAGGACAGCAAGAUCUCCCCAAGCGGAGGUACUUCAAAUCCAUCUUACCACAGUCCCCAUCCUUACUCUCAGCACUGAACCUGACUCUUAUGUUUGGAGGAUUGGAGAGGACGAGCUUGACGAUUUCAACACAAAAAGAACUUGGGAAUCCAUCAGACAUCGACAUGAUCCCUUGACCUGGACAGAUCAUGUUUGGUACAAAGGAGCUAUCCCACGUCACGCAAUCAUGCUUUGGCUAACUCAUCUUAACAGACUUCCCACAAGAGACAUGCUAGUUCACUGGGGAAUGCACAUUGAGAAUGCCUGUUGUAUUUGUGGUGCUCACCCGGAAACGAGGGACCAUCUAUUUCUUCACUGCGAGUUCACUGAGGAAAUUUGGUUGCAGGUCACUCGUAGGCUUGGAUACCGCCCUAUAGUGUUCCACACCUGGCAAGCUUUUGCAGCCUGGAUGGAUAUCAAAGAUUCAACUACACCACAAACGCUAAGGAGAUUUGUCUCUCAAGCCGUCAUAUACGCCAUCUGGUAUGAACGAAACAACCGGUUCCAUAACAAUAUUGCAACGCCUCCGCACAUCAUCUUCAAGGCUAUGGACAUACAGAUUCGAGAUGCCAUACUUGCAAAGAGCCACUGUCGUAAAUUCAAAAGGCUUAUGCAAGUCUGGCUCAGAUACCUUUAG